UUAAAGACAGAGCGGCUCCGGCGGAAGGGAGACACCUUCUAGGGCCACAGGGCGGCCUAUGAGUCAGUUUCACCUGAAACUCUACAGGUAGAGAGCAGGGAAAAAAGCAGGGAAGGCGAGCGUUGUUCCUCCAGAAGAGGAAGCAGGACUCGUGGUGGGGAAGAAGCCGCGCACAGCUUGAGGGGCUGUGGGGAGAGCCUCGGGGCUUCGCGCCUAAAAUUCCCACCCACGCUCAUUCUGUGGGAAGAAGACAGACGCUGCGUCACAAAAGGAAGCGCACGAACCCUACCUGGGUUGGGUUCUGGGAACCGUGCGAAGAAGUUCGGGAAGCGUUUGCGCUUGAGAGUGAAUUUAUUUAUUUGACAACGCGAGAACAUUCUUGGAAGAAAACUUGUUUUUAGCAACUGCUCCUCCUUUAGCCUCCCCCUUCAAAUUGCCUCUACUGUCUUUCAAGGGCUCUUCGUGUUUUUCUCCUUAGGUAUUGGACGUAACGACAACAAGAACGACCGCGCGCGCGCGCCGUCUACUUUGCUUGUGGGAGAUCCACACCUGGGCGGGAAGAGGGCUCUUCGCCUGCCAAGAUGGCCAGAAGUAGAAAUCAGCUCCAGUUGUUGGUGAGCUUUAUAAUGACUGUGCUAGUCUUCGGCCAGGAAGAGGGGCAGGCGGGGGCCUCCUUUGGAGAGAGAUGCUUGGCUCGCUUUACAGCUGGGAUGCCCGAGUUUGUGCUGGACAUGGAAGCAUCCGUGCAAAACGGAGCUAUUUUCCUGGACUCCCCAACUCUGGAAAGGAACAGGGACUGUGUGAGAGCUUGCUGUAAGGAUCCGAUGUGUAACUUAGCCCUGGUGGAGCAGACUCAGGGAGAGGAAGACAGCAUCCAAAGUUGCUUUCUCAUGAACUGUCUCUAUGACCAGGCCUUUGUCUGCAAGUUCGCCAAGAAGGACGGUUUCCUCAAUUAUAUCGAGAAGGAUAUGUAUGAGACUUAUAUAGCUAUGCUGGAGCAAGGAAAUGGUGGCGAUCGGCCACCAGUGGCCCGUGCUCGGGCAGAUGUGAAAGUGCAGCCUGGUGAGCAAGUGAUACUGAGAGGUGCAGAAAGUUCUGAUGACCAUGGAAUUGUGCAUUAUGAAUGGACGCUUCUUCAUGGUGAUCACUCAGUGAUUAUAGAGAAAGAAAAUGAUCAUGCAGUGGUCAGCAACCUGAUGGAAGGGAUCUAUGUCUUCCAGUUGACAGUGGUAGAUACUGCUGAGCAGCGAAACUCAACCGAUGUCACUGUCACAGUACUGAAUGCAGAGCAGACGGCUGAGCACUGCUUGGCUCCUCAAAAGGUAGGGCGGUGUAGAGGCGCCUUCCCUCGGUGGUACUAUAAUCCAGUGAAGAUGCAGUGUGAGAGCUUCAUCUAUGGAGGCUGCAAAGCCAACAAGAAUAAUUACGUAUGGGAAGAGGAAUGUAAACUUGCUUGCAAGAAUGUUGCAGGUGCUGUUGAAAAACGGCAGAAACCAGUGUGCAAUGAAGAGUGCCCUCCCUUCUAUUUCAAAUGCAAAGAUGGCUGUUGUAUUGAUAGUUACCUGGAAUGUGAUGACACUAAGGAUUGCUUAGAUGGGUCAGAUGAGGAGUCUUGGUCUUGUGAGACAUAUAUUCAAGGAUUCAAUAAAUUACACAAGAUCAAUGUUACAGACAACCAAGGUCACUGUGUGGAUUUGCCAGAGACUGGACUGUGUCAAGAGAGCAUAUCGCGCUGGUACUACAACCCAUUCACCGAGAAAUGUGAUCGCUUCACCUAUGGAGGCUGUGAAGGCAAUAAAAAUAAUUUUGAAAAGGAAGAAGACUGUAUAAAUUCCUGCAAAGGCAUCACAAAGGCGGAUGUGAUUGGCCAGAGAUGGAGAGGAUAUGAAGCUCAGCGUGAGAGUUUAAGCUCCUUUGAAGUGGGUAUUGCUGUGCUCCUUGGUGUCUGCAUCAUGAUUGUAUUGGCAAUCCUUGGCUACUUUGCCCUCAAGAACAGAAAGAGCUAUCGCCGGCGACGUCAACCAGCGACUGCUGCCAACUCCACUCUUUCCUCAGUUCUCUCCACCACUGAGGACACUGAGCACCUGGUUUACAACAGUACUACAAAGCCUAUUUGAUCCCUACCCCCACCCAGAGCAGCCCUCCACUUCUGGAGAGUGGGACAGUUUUUAUUUACUAUUGAUGCUUUUAAAACCAAGGCCUACAGCUGAAGGAUUUCCUACCCUCCUUUCUCUUAGACUGUUGAUCAGCUCCAUUUUAAUAUCCCUCGUAGUUCUGAAUAAAUGCAGACCCUGAGGAAAGGAGGAAUGACGAGGAGACUAAUUCUGUCUCAACCCUUUCUCCUGGUGAUAUGCCUCUUUUGUUGCUGCUUCACUUGGUUCUUUGGGGCAGCGGGGAGGGGGAUUAUUUUAAGUAAAAGAACGUAUUGUACUACUUUGAGCCACAGUUUGAUUUGGUGUGGAAUUCAUCCUCCCGCAAAGCUGCUACAGUCUACAUUAUAUUUCCUCCCUGUGUCACGCCUUUUCCCUUAUUUCAUUUGAAUACCAUUAACACCUUAAACUCUGUCUGGUUUCUCUUGGAUCCUGUGUCAUAUGAAUGCACAUUCAAAGGGUUCAAGGUGCAAUAGAAGCUUCAUAGAGUAGAACUGGCUUUAUCCUCCAGUAGCUACUGUUUCCAAAUCUAUUGUAACCUCUAGGGUGGGGUUUAGUAUAACUAGAGCUAGUUUAUGCUGGUGUGGGUCAGGGAGGCAACUGGUGCUUGUGGCCUUCCUGAAGUGUGUGCCCGGUGGCUAGGAGAAGGGCCCACCAGCACCCAGGGAAACCCCAUUGGUGCUGCAAGCACUGCUGGAACUCACCUUGGUGUAGGUGGCCCAGAAGUGAAGCUGGUCUGGAAGGCUGGCCUUGUCUCCUCCCGCACCACUGCCCACUAUACGUAGCUGCUUGAUUUGUUAGUGUAUAAUGGUGGUCCUGGGUGCUCCAAGGAAUCUUCAACAACAGAAACAAACAAAGAGACAUGAAGGAAUACCCACUGUAUUUUUAGAAUGAAUGUUAAUACAUCUAAAGUAUGUGCCUAAUUAUCGAGAAACUAGGCCUGCACCUCCCCCCUUUCUAUCUCUAAGGUUUCCACUUUUAAUGUUAAAUACCUAGUUUUCCACUGUUUUGUCUAUAUGUAUUUAUUUUUAGAACUAAAAUGUGACUGGAAACAUACGACUGGCUUUCUAGCUCGUCUUUAAAUUACAAAAUGAUUUUUUCCUCUCUUCAAAUAUAGGAAAUGCAAAUGUACUUUUGCUUAGCCAGUGCCUCACUGGUUCCUUAUAGCCAGCUUCACAAGAGCUGUGGAAGAAAGAAGGGCCAAGAAAGCCAGAAGUUUUGGGUAUUUCGAGGGCAAUAAAAGGAGAGAGUGGUAGGAAGGAGGAGGAGGAGCUUCCCUUCCCCAGUUGGACGGAUCAACCAGGGAAGAGAGGGUACAUUCUAGGCUGGUGUACAAAACUCAGUUAUGUGGGCCAUAGUGGACCUUGACUAAAGCUAAGUGUGGCCCACUUAAUUGAAGCCAUUGUUGCCCACCUAAUUGGGCAGGGGUGGUGGACACAGAGUGCUGUCUCUUGGUUGAGAGGAGGUGUUCUGACCCCCCCCCCCAAAAAAACAUUCGCAGAAGCUUUCAGGGGGAAGAGGGAGUCCCCAAUACUGAUUCCAUCUAGGUGGGAGGUGGCAUUCUGAACCCAUCGUCAAGGGGAAAGGAAAAUUGUUGCUGCAUCGCAGAGCCUUGAAGGAUGUAGGAAGAAGUCUGUGUGUGUGUGUGUGUGAGAGAGAGAGACAGAGACAGAGACAGAGAGAGAGAACAGGAUGUGCCAAUAUCUCCCUUCCCCAGCCUCAUGGCAGGGGUCUACGGGCUGCACAGCAUGGCUCCACUGGACUCAUGUUAAGCACACCACUUUUUGGCUCUCCAUUUCUUCUUCUACCCAGUUUAAGCUGUCUAACCAUAAAAUAUAUACAUCCAUACUUGAUGUUCAUGUUUUAAUGAAGUUGCUAAUCAGAAUAGUGCUGCUGCUGCUGCUGUACAUUAUUGUUUAGUGUUAGACAUCUCAUUCCCCCCACUUAGCUUCUAGGAUCUGACAAUUUACUCUGUUUCCGGAGUGCUGGUCUGUGACCACCAACUGGAUGCUGCUUCAGACAAACAUCAUGUGAUUAGUGGCUCCAGGCUAGCCCUGUGAAUCACCCUCAUCAUGUGAAGAGUUUCACGUCACCACCAGAUUUCCUAAUGGUGGCAUCUAUGGGAUGCUUGUAAUUGGAAUGGUGUGUGUGGCUAGAUGCUGCUGGGGGUACCUGCCUUAUAGGCAGAGGCUGUUUUAGUCAAGUUUCAGGUGGUGGCUGUAAUGAGUAGAUCAGCCAAAGUUUGCAUCCAUACUAGCUGAGUGGCCAACUCCCAUUUCCACCAUCCAAAGCGAGUGCUGCUGAACCUGAUAACACAGCCAAGUAUUGUGUUGGGAACUAAAGCCAGUACUGGCACUUUUUCACUUGAUGGAGCCUGGUAAGGACCUGUGUCCUGAAAUUCAUUGUGAUACAUUUUCAUUUCAUAUACUGAAUAGGAAUGCAACCCCAUCUCCUGGUCUCCCCCAAUAAUGAAAUUGAGCAAUAGUGGAAGGUAUUUUUGUCUUUCCCUUUGUGUGUCAAGUGUAUGUAUAUAAAAAACUUAUGCUUUUUAAAAAGUGCUUGGAUGUAAGAUUUUGUUGGCAGAGAACACCAGCAGAACCAUUGGGGGGCAUAUUGGGAGUAUGAAAUAAUACUUCAUGUGUGUGUCCCCUCCACCCCGGGGAGCUUUCUUAAGUGUGGGACUGCCCAAGGAUGUUCCUUAGAAAAUGGCAGAAUGGAGGCUUGGACCAGAGAUCUGUAGCUGGCAGGUUUCUCCAUGCUUAUUACAUGCCUGCACCAUCCUUUGCUUCUGAAAACCUUCACUGCCUUCUGAGCCUGUGUAGAGCUACUUGUAGAUCUCUCUCUUAUUGUAAAUGUAGAUUUUAAUUAAAAAAUUGUUUUUAA